AUGCACUAUAAUUACAGAAGAACGGAAGACCUGACUAGCCGUGACACGGACGACGAUAAAUAUUCUUUGUUAACCGGAACUAGUACAUCUUUCCAAGAUAGCAACGGAAGUACAAUUACAGGCUUGAUUAGGGCCGACUACGAACGCAAUUUUGAAGAUCGAGUUUUAUACGGACAGGGCGGCAGUCGCAAGUUUAGCUAUAAAAAAAGAAAGACUUGCAGCGGAAAUGGAAUAUUUAGUGCUCCUCCUGGCGUCAGUCCCCAUCAUGUUAAAUCGUCAAUUAUCCGUCGCAGUACAAAUGAAUCUCGACUAAUUUUCGUAUGGCCACAAAAACCACCUAGAAGUAGAUUGUUCAGGAUCUUAACUCCUCUUAUGCAUGGUAUCCUCAUUGGAUUUUUAUUUAUGGACGCUAUUCAUCUUUGGCCCGGAGAAUUUUUACCUACAUCGUUGCCUUCUGUAAUGCCCGUUCCUUUACCACCUGUAAAAUGUAAUGUGAUUGAACCACGAUGGUUUGACAAUACAUAG